AUACUACCAGUGUACCAGUCCACACACUACCGGAAACUCGGACUGAAUUUGACAGACUAGGGAUACUACGACUAAUCCAAUUAUUAUUGUUACUAACACUAACUCAGGACUAACUAGUGCUACUACUAAUAAUCAGCAUGGCAUAUUGGUGGAGUUUCUCGGCUGAGACGUGGGCUCUGAUCGUGAUCCUCAUCAGUCUCAUCCUGCUGUAUGGGUACUGGCCUUAUGGUCUCUUUAAGCGUUUGGGAGUUCCUGGUCCUAAACCCAUACCAUUUUUAGGAACCAUGUUAGAAUAUCGUAAGGGAAUGCACACUUUUGAUCUGGAGUGUUUUCAGAAGUACGGCAAGAUUUGGGGGAUGUCUUUCAGUCUCUCCUCCAUACUACACUGGAAAGCUGAGGGUCCAUUUGUGAGGCCGAACGGAAUCCAGUUCCAUUCAUACAGUUCCAUUCCAUCCCCAGGAGGUCAUGAAGCCUGUGAAUUUUCUGGCUUCCUCCCGAAUGCUACCUUGAUGAAUUUCUUUGUUAAUGGUCCUCUGCAUGAUGCAUUGACCUUUGUUGCGGACGAGGACUGGAAGAGAAUCAGGAGUGUUCUCUCUCCAUCAUUCACCAGCGGAAGACUGAAGGAGAUGUUUGGAAUCAUGAAGUCACAUUCUCACUCUUUGGUUAAAAAUCUGCAGAAGGUGUCUGAGCGAGGAGAAUCAGCAGAUAUUAAAGAGUUUUUUGGAGCAUACAGUAUGGAUGUGGUGACGAGCACAGCGUUUAGUGUCGAUAUCGACUCCCUGAACAACCCCAAAGAUCCGUUCGUGACCAACGUCCAGAAAAUGCUGACUUGUAACUACCUACACCCUCUGAUAAUUGCUUCAGCUAUGUUCCCCUUUAUUGCUCCGGUGGUGGAAAAAAUGGAUUUUGGGUUUUUCCCGACUGCAGUGACUGAUUUCUUUUACGCCUCACUGCAAAAGAUCAAGUCUGAGCGUGUGGCCAAGGAUAAUAAGAAACGAGUGGACUUCAUGCAGCUGAUGAUCGAUUCUCAGAAAUCAGAAACAGACGAUCUGAACAACAAAGAGACAAACAAAGGUCUGAAUGAUCAUGAGAUUCUGUCCCAAUCUAUGACCCUUAUCUUUGCUGGUUAUGAGACGAGCAGCAGCACUCUAUCAUUUCUUUUCUACAAUCUGGCCAGUAAUCCAGAGGCAAUGAAGAAACUCCAGAAAGAAAUCGAUGAAACCUUCCCUAAUAAGGCUGAAGUUGAUUAUGAUACAGUGAUGAACAUGGAUUAUCUGGAUGCUACUUUGAACGAGUCAAUGAGGUUGUACCCGGUCCUCUUUCGUCUGGAAAGAAUCUGCAAGAAAACAGUUGAAAUAAAUGGCCUUACCAUCCCAAAGGACACUGUAGUCUUGAUCCCCACAUAUACCUUACAUAGAGACCCUGAAUUUUGGCCUGACCCAGAGACCUUCAACCCUGAGAGGUUCACUAAGGAGAACAAGGAGAGCAUCGAGCAGUAUGCCUACAUGCCGUUUGGUUUAGGACCCAGGAACUGCAUCGGGAUGAGGUUUGCCCUUGUGGCCAUGAAGCUGGCUGUUGUUGAGAUACUGCAGAGAUUCGACAUCAGUCUUUCUGAGGAGACGAAGGUUCCUCUGAAGAUGAACAACAGUGGCUUUCUGUCUUCUAAAGAGCCCAUCAAAAUCAUAUUCACACCUCGGAAAAUGACAUUCCUGCAAGAGCAGCCACAUUAACGCAUAGAUAUUCAAAGGUUCUGCUUCGUUUUACUGCAUUUCUGAUUUUUAAAAGUUUUUAUAAGACUGAUCCCUGUUUAUCAUUAAUGCCAGUAAAGUAGAAUUGUUAAUGCUGAACAUAUUUUUCAUAUUUUACAUCUUAAUGAAGGCAUUCAAAAAUCCUACAGAAGAUUUCAGUUAAGUGAAAGUAAGGUUUUAUUUUACUAUGUGUAAUAUAUAUAUAUAUAUAUAGUGCAUUCACUGUAGUCUUACAUUAAAGGUGUAACUGUCAGAUUUUUUUUUUAUUAUCUUUAUGUUAAUAAGCACUGCAACUAACAGAAUUGAAGCAUGCAAAUAAUUUCCAUCUAAUUAACUUGAGAGGUCCUUCAAGAAUGUUCUGCUUGAGUGUACAACAGAUCCUGUCCAUUAACUACUUACUUUCCAUUAAAUUAACUGUCAUGCUCAGGUACUUGUUCAGUCUCUGGUCAUUUAGAUACUGGACUUCUGCAGCUCUUUACUGGCAGGUCUGCCUAUGAAUGCAAUUCGUCCACUGCAAAUGAUCCAAAAUGUAGCUGUGUGACUUGUUUUUAACCUGCCUAAGUUCUCCCACACCACCCCACUGCUGCUCCUCCACUGGCUUCUGGGGUCUGGUAGUUGCAUCAGAUCCAAAACACUGAGGCUUGCCUACAAGGCCAAGAAUGGACCUGCUCCAUCUGACCUCAAAGCUCUUAUUACGCCUCGCACUGCACCUCGCUCGCUCAGGUCCACUAGCACUGCUCCACUAUUCCACCAUCUCUCCGGGUAAAAGGUUGGUCUACAUCUAGACUCUUCUCUGUUCUGGCACCGAGGUGGUGGAAUGAACUUCCCCUAGAUGUCCGAACAGCCGAGUCACUGACCGUCUUCAAACGAUGGGUGAAGACCUACCUCUUCCUGAAACACUUAAACUAGCUCUUAUUUUUCCCUGUUUGUCUUAUGUAUUUUUUAAAAAUACACAAGACAAAAUAAAUACAAAAGUGCUGUAUUUCCUACUAUCUCAGUUUUAAUGCUGAUGGUAUCCUAAGUCUGUGAUCCGUUUAACCUGUGUUGAUGUUUCAUUGAUAGAGACUUCAAAGCACUGUUGAAUGUCGCUCUGGAUGUCAGCAAAAUGCCAGAAAUGUAAAUGUAAUUGUGAAAUGUAUGUUUAUUAAUAAAAAUACACAUACUAUAG